AUGGAGUUACCACGAUGCAUGAAAAUUUGCGGCCGCUUUGUGUGGUUGAUCCUCCGGUGGGCUCAGUUAGGUGUCUUUUGCUUUUAUGUUCACCUUUGUUGGGACUUUAGUGUGCUGGCAUCUAUAGUAUUUUCUUGGUUUUUCGUCAACUGCAUAUUGAGGUUGGUGCUAGGCCCGGUGAUUUUGUUGUUUUCGAAAAGGAAACCUCAUUAUGACCCUUACAUUUGGCUAGGGUAUACUGUUUUGUUUAUAGUGGAUUUUGUCUUAGUAUUUACACUGGUCGAAGAUAGGCUCAAUGAAGAAAGAUCUCCCAGACCAGUGAUUUUCGAAGCCGUACUGUGUAUCACACCACUUCUUCUUCUUCUAUUGUUGAACACGGCUGACGACAACGACGUCAAACGCCUCGGAGACUUCAAAUGGCUGUGUGCCUCUAUGACGCUACAAGUAUUCGACGCCAUCGAGAUGAUCGACAUCGUAGUCAGCGAAAAAGGAAAAGGCAGUAAGAUAGAUAAAGUAAAUGAAAUAGGGAUGAUUGCACUGGCCUGCACAAGCCUGCUUCUUUCCGCAUUGCAGCUUGUACAUUCAGUACAUUACAAGUCCACCGGUGCCCUUCGUGAUGGAGAGAAGAUUCGACUCGGCUUGGUGAUAACCGCAGCCAUAAUAAACUUUGUGUCAAUGAUUAUUCGAGUGGUUGUGUUGGUCGAGUAUGGGACGAAUGAAACAAUUUUCAUCGCCAAGAAUAUUAUCUCGAUCCUUAGAUCAAGGAGAGAAAUAUGCAGUUUCACUGAUACUUAUCAAUCGUGUCCUGAUGAAAUACAACUUGGGUCUGAAGCAGCUUCCAGCGACAGCGACAGCGAUGAAGAGGAACUAUUUGAAAAAAACUUUGAUAUUUGAGGAGAGAUUCUCGUUCGAACGAUGCGUUAUGCUCACUCAUGUUCAGCGCUGAAAAUGACAACGUUUUAGGUUUCGUAAUGAUUGUUAUGCGAGGAAUUUCCUUUAGUAAUUUUAAUAAAAACAUGAA